UUUUUUUUGCGGGAGAACAAAAGAGUGAAAAAAUACUCAGAGUUUCCUACGUCCCCCUGGUCACCCGGGUAUGUGUAUCUGUCUGAACACGCCCUAGUUGACACCCUCUGGGCGAACGAAGAUACCAAGCAGCUGCUGGAGCGUAUUCUGCCUCUCAAUAAUGCUUCCAAGACUGCAAUGUAUGAGUGUGUACAGGGAACAAAAGGGGUUUUGAUACAGGCUCUCUUUUGUGACAUUGGAGGUGAUCGCAUGGUUCGUGGAUAUCAAGACAAAGUAUCCCUGCAGUCACAGGACAAAGAUCUAACUCGGUUCAAACUCAAAGGAACGAUUUCUACCAACGGUCUAGUUCUGAAUCUACUUGCCUAUGACACAACCCAGACGAAGAGACAGCAGCAGUCUGACGUAGAUGAAGAAGACCCCAGCCAAGAACUGGAGCUUUCUCAGGGAUUUCUCAACACGACGUGUUCAAAGGCGGCCGGUGAAGACCUAACAGAUGAAGACUACGCAAACAUAAACUGGAAGAGGAGCUCCAAGCUGCUUGAAAACGUUGAGCUCACAUUCAACAAACCAGGGCGAUGCCCAUCCGCAAACACCACAACUAUCGUCGGAUGUGAUCCUGGUAUUGUUAACGCCCUUACGUUUUCCUCGCUGGACCCUCACAACCCUAACUUGCGGCAAACGGUAAAGGUGAGAAGCAGGUUCUUGUACCUCCCUGUCCUCCGCUUCAACCACCUGUUGAACAAAAGGAAGCGUGAAAAAGGAAUGAUUGAGGUUGAGAGCGCCAUCCCUGUGUUUGGAAGGGAACCUACGUUCGGCUACGCGGUACAGCGAGUGUUGAAGAUGCUUGGGGAUAAAGGAGUACUUGUCGUCGGCCUAGGGUCCUUUGAAAGUAGUAAAGGAGUUCCCAGCAAGCACACUGCUAUAACGAGGCAUCUUGUCACACAGGUCAAAGCACGAGGACACUUCGCUGUAGGAGCGCACGAAUUUUACACCAGCGCCCGCUGUCCCCGACCCCUCUGCGAUAGCUUUUUAGAGACGGUGUACCCUCGCUCUAAAUAUUGCAGGACAUGUAAGGUAUUCUUCGACCGUGACGCAGUAGGGGCGGAAAACAUCGCAAGAAUCGGUCUUGCUCAAAUUGAGAGACAAGAGAGACCUGCAAAGUACAAGCCCACGGAAGAGUCGCCUGCUCCGGCUGCAAAGCGCGCACGACGCUAGACACAAGUAUUUGGGUGCCGGCACAC